UCUCUGUCGUAGGAGAGAAACAAUCUCGAAAAUUACAUUUUGAAUGGCAAACCGAUGUGUAUUCCAUGGUUUUUCCUGAUCAGUAUCCUUUAUUUAAUAUCAUUGAAAAGAGUCGUUAGAGAGAUGAAUCGUCUAGGAAUGAUAAUAGAUUUGUCACACACUUCCGUCCAAACGCAGAAGGACGCCAUGAGAGUAUCACGUGCCCCCGUGAUUUUCAGCCAUUCGUCGGCUUACGCUUUGUGUAAUCAUGCAAGGAAUGUGAAUGACGAAGUCCUAAACUUAACAAGAGAAAACAAAGGCCUUGUAAUGAUCAACUUUUACAGAGGUUUUAUAAAUUGUACGGGCUCUAACAGUAGUAUAUCUGAAAUUGCUGAUCACAUUGAAUAUAUAAAGGAUUUGAUUGGUGUUGAUUACGUUGGAAUUGGUGCGGAUUAUGACGGAGUGCCUGAGUAAAUAUCUUUUUAAAUAAUAAAGAUCAUGAUUAUUAUAACAAUUUGAAAACAAAAAUAA